AUCGACAGAAAAAUAAUAAAAUGGGACCUAAAAAGAAUAAGAAAAGUAAUAAAUUGGCUCGAAUGAGCGAUGAGGAAAAAUUGAGAUACCUGCAGCACCGGGCAGCCAUAGAAGAAGAGACGAAACGACGGAAAGAACAAUUGGUCGCCACGUACUUAAAGAGCAAGUUGAAAAAAGAAGAAGCAUUUACCCGUCUAAAUACUGCCAAACUGAACCAGCAAUGGCGACACAACUUGCGGCAAAUCAAGUGCAAGGAGCUCAAAGACGAAAUGAUGACAAUGGAAAACCGAUUCCAAAUCUUAUUAGACUGCAAAAACGACCACAUAGACAUGUUAUUGAGAGAUUUAGAAGACGCCGAAGAACAAAAUCUAAAACAGUACGGAGCACAUGCUGAGAUUGUAUCUCAGUUCUUGAGUAUCCACGAGAAAUCGUUAGAAGAACUCCACGCUCGCUACGAACACAAAAAGCAGUUGUUGUUAGACGAGUUGAAACAUAACUUUAGGUGGAUGAGAGAUAUAUUCAGCAGAGACGAUGAGCGCUUGGACCUUAUGUCCAUUAUUUUCGAGGCACGCAAUGACGACGACACACAACAAACCCACAUAAAUUUCGAAGACUCAAUUGCCGUGUUAAACAACGAGAUGCUUUUCGAGAAAGACAGGUUCACAAAAAUACGUUUCGCAGAGAUACAAACGACCAUGAAGAAAUUUCAGAAAGUACUAGACGACUACAGCAAUGAAACUGAGUCGAAAAAGAAUCAUUACAAUUAUUUAAAAAUGCGAGAUGAAGCCAAUACCGCGUCUAUCGAAGAGAACAACAAACGAAUUCAUGAAUAUUCUGAAGAGAUCAAAAUGCUCACACAGCUGUGUGCCAAACGUGAAGCCCAGUAUGCACAACGAGAAAACGAAUUGAAACAGGACCGUGAAGACCUCAUAAAACGAGGUUUCGUGGCACAAAAUCAACUGACCGUUAAGCGAAACGAGUAUAAAAAUAAACUUGAAGCAAUGACGAGAGUAUACAAAAACGUUAUCGACAAAUUAACAAGCAUUACAAAAAAGGGCGAGAGAAUAAUUAAGACAGCGGAAAAUUGUGCCAAACUAAUGAAUGACGAUGAUAAUAACAUAGUCUGCCCCGACGAAGACAAUAACGGAGGAGAAUUCGAUAAAAUGUCGAAAUUCUGGAAGCGUUACGCUCGAGUAGAUGUACAGUGUCAGGAGCUCGACGCCAGACGAACAAAAGCAGCACAGGAGAACAAGGACCUGAAAGCCGCUCUCACCUACUACUUAAAAACUAUUGCCCGGCCGGCGUCGGUGCAGAGGGACAUAAAGGACGGAGGAAUACAGUUGAAUUUGCUUCCGGUCAAGGCUGGAUGAAAAUAUUAUGAAACGCAUCGAAUGGUAUAAUAUUAAAUUGGCAGUAGCAUUAAUAAUGCAUUGUAGUACUAUGCUAAUAAUAUAUGAAUGUAUCACAUUAUGUAGUAGCCGCUUACCUAUAAUGUAUUACUAUUUACUAUAUAACUUGAAUAUGUGGUACUUAUUUUUCACAUUUUAAAUUCUUGUUUUUGAAAAUAAAACUCAAAAUGGUACCAUAAUAAUUAAUAUUUUAUGGUUUUCAUGAGUCACGACGACACGUUCUAAGACUAAACAAAUUCCCGAAUUUUCAAUAUUGCAGAAAGUGAUUUAUUGCAGAGAACUAGAUCCAGAUGAUCGGUACUUUUUUUAGCUGCGAAUGGGGAGAGGAUCGAAAGAAAACAAUUAUUUUUUAAAUACCCAUGUCAUUAGGAGAAAAUAAAUAAAAAAAACUGCUGGAAAACGGAAUAGGUACCAGUCAUUUAAGCAAAACCAGUGUUCAACAAAAUUGAUUUUGUUCGUUAUUGGUUAUUUAAAAAAAUAAUAAUUAAGAGAUGUAUAGGUAAGCUUUUAUUUUUUGUUUUUUAGUAUGUAGGUACCUAUUAAUAUGUUAUUAAUCAAGCAUAUUUUAUGUACUUUAUGUCGAAUAGAAAAUAAGUGUAAUGUUGAUUAAAAGCUCACAGAUUUUUGUAGUUAUCAUAUUUCUUAGGUAGGUGUAAUAUAGGUACCUAUAUUUUUCACUUAAAUAUAUAUUUAAACUUACCCAUGAACACAAGAAUUAUGUGCACAUAUAUAUAAAACAUUGAUUUCUUUUUAUAAUAACGUUGUUGA